AUGUAUAAACAACAAAAUCAAGAUCCUCACUUAGAUGAAUCUCAAAUUUUAAAGCAUUACCAGUUGGAUGUGCUUGAUCCAGUCGUGUGGACCGAAGAACCUGAUAAUCGGCUCUCGCGACGUUUCUCCAUUAUCGACGGUCAACUGUACUCUAACAAUAAUCUCGUAGAUGAGAGACAGAGCUUUAACGAUAGUGAUCCAUUGGGUCUUAAACCAAGUAUAUUCAACAAUAAUGAACAUAUCCAACACGUAGCUCAAGGAGAUUAUGAAUUCUUUAAAGAGCAAUCUCAACUAUUCGUCAGUUCAAAAUCGUUUAAUUCAAAAGUGUUUUUAAAAGCGGUUCAUCUUGACACAUCAUAUGGAGACUUGUUGGUGGGGGCUCAGAAACUUAGAUCCACACUUGAUCAAAAAGCAGAAGCAUUAAAGAAAUUAGUGCAUGACAAUUUUGAUGGAUUUGUCUCGGCAAAAAAUACAAUCGAUACUGUAUACAAUGAAAUGAAAGCGAAAAGUUUGAACGAACAAGAAGACUAUGGAAUCAGAGCUUUAGAUGUUGCGCUGACAGAGGCAGCCGCUAAGGCCGAACAAGUUUUUGGUCCGGUGCUGGCUAAUCGAACUAAAGCAGAGAAGAUACGCAGUACUUUAAGUGUACUGGAGAAGUUUAAAUUCUUUUUUAGUCUCCCAAGUACUCUAAUGGAUUCUCUCAAACACCAAAAUUAUGAAAUGGUCAUAAGGGAUUAUAAGAAAGGUAGAGUGGUUAUGGAAUCAACGCUAAGUCCGGAAUCUUCCGAUUCCGCGAAUGGAAUGACAGAGAGAGAGACAACAGAGGAUACAGCCUUAGCAGCGCAGUAUAGAAAAGUAUUCGAGAAAGUAUGGGCUGAGGUGGAACGAAUUAUGGCAGAAAUGAAGGAACAGUUACUUAAGCAAUUAACUGAACCUUGGAGACCAUUGGACGAUCAAGAGAGAACAAUAAACAUAUUGUUGGAGUUGGAUAUUCCCGAUGAUCCAGUAUGGCAUUAUCUUGAUAGUCAAUAUAAUUAUAUUACUAAUUUGUUCAAGGAGACAUACAAGGAGCAAGUUGCUAAAAUAGAAGCAUUAAAAAAGUCGGUGAUAACAAAUGAUGUUGAUGAACGACAAGUGGCAAAAAAUCUUAAGGACACCAUUAAGAUUAUUAGCACACGCAAUUUCGAUGCACUAACAGCCCGCAAGUCAAUGGACGUGCAAAUAUGGCAAGCAACCCUCGUAAUAGUCAAAACACUUUCCGAUCUACUUCUUCGAUGCCUUCCCGACUUUUGGAAAUUAAGUAAAUCGUUUGCCGAGGGCAAAUUCCAAAAAAACCAGACAGUUUUAUCAACCAACCGUCGUCGCCGCCAGGCAAUGGACUUGGAUAAAGUGAAAGAAGCGCAGAAAAUGGCGAAAGGUGUUAUCGACCUCUACGCACUAUUAUUGUCUGAUUUCUUUAAUCUUUCUUCACCGUUCGAAGAACAAAACGCCAGUUCGGAAUCACUCCAAUCACCAUCGUUGAGAUCUUCAAAGGUUUAUAAGAAUACAUUUGUUCCGCCCCAUUCCGACUCGGUCGCCGCUUGCUUUUUUUUGACGAAAAUUGUAAUGGAGAUGUGUGAGUGUGUGAAUGAUAUCAAUGCCAUUAAUGUCGCUGCUGAGGCUUCUGUUGCCUUGUCAACGCUUAUGGAACAAACACGGUGGCGAUUUGUAGAAGUAUUAUGCGAUACAUGGAUUACGGAUGCAAAGAACUUUUAUUUGUUGGAAGACUGGACAUUGGACCCAGAUAAUCGAGAAAUUACUACGAUUCUGAGGACCUUUCACACAUUCCACAAAUAUAAUUCACGAUGCGCAUUCAAGAUAGCAAGCUUGGGAUUUGUAUCGGACACCGAUGAGACCAAAGGGGGUUCACCAAGCAUUCCGCCAGAAUAUCUUGAGAAAAUCAAGGGCGCAUUCUUUAAAUCGAUCGAAGCAUAUCUUGACCGUUUGCCAGAUCUUGCUUCUGAUUCAUCUGUGGAACGUGUGGAUAACAAAACGACCGAGUCAAUAUUCAGACCUCGAAUAGACCCAACUGACACGGAAGCAACUCUAUUACUGACCGUCAGCAACUUGGCCAAUCUUAAACAAUAUAUGAUUCCCAGACUUGUUUCUCAGUUUGAGAAUGCUUACAGAUGCAAAAUGGCUGCUGAAGUUUCUAGUCUAAACGAGUAUGUGGAUCAACUUGACGAUAUAUUUUUUGCGGAUUACAUGGAUCGUAAGAAAAAGGCGGUUUCUGACAUUAUCAGGGAAGGUAUCCUCAACAGUGGCAUUGAUUGGUACAAGAUCGCCAAACCUACUGAGGUCCAUGCUUUUGUCUAUGAAGCUCUCUUGACUUUGGUAAUGGUCCACUCGCAGAUUAGUGAUAUCUCCAAGCUACUGGUCAAUCGUGCCUUAUCCGAUCUAUUAGAUGGUAUGGUACAGGAUUGUUAUGAUGCCUUUGGACAAGUCGAAAGAUUCGGAAUGGGUGGAAUGUUGCAGGCCGUACUUGAUAUUAAAGUAAUGGAUCAAAUACUCACCCAAUAUGCCACUCCAAAGGCGCAAGAGAUAUUUACGAAUAUAUAUAAGAAAAUAGAAGAGCUGUAUGAUCCAUCUCAGAGAGCUGGUAAUUUAGAGGCAGAGUUGAACAGCGUCAGAGGGUUGUUAGUGAAUAGUUUACAGAAUACGGGUCUGCAAUUUCUUUGUUUCAAGAAGUCCAAAUAG